UGCAUUAAGAGAUACAUGACCAACUUUAAGUUAUGCCUAUAAAAGGAUAGAUAUCCUUUCGAUAAAGCACGCACGGUCUAAUCAAAGACCACCUGUUUAGGGACAAACAAAAAGAACGGUUACUCUAUUUGAGCAACACGUGCUAUCAGCCUACUCAAGCAGUAGAGAAUACGAUUAAUUAUGAAAUCAACUAGAAGAUAAUAUGUGCAGAGAAACACAGCUUAUAUUGGAUAUAAAGCUUUGAUGUUCAAGACUGAUUAUAUGCCCCCUUUUUUUUUUGUUAAACCACAUGAUAAUCUCGCCUGAUGUUCCCCUUCAUCUUUAGCAUCGUAUAAAGCCAGACUUAUUUAUGCACAACGAAUUCUAAUGCAAUUGUAAAAUCACCUGCCUGAAAGAACAUCAAUAUAAGUCCAUUCUUUCUUCUUUUUCUCCUUUAUUUUCUUUAACAAGAUCGAUUCUCGGUUCAACACCAGAAUGUCCCAUUUAUCCAACACAAAAGCUAUACAUCUCGAAACAACACCUCGAGCGUAUUAUGAGUAUUACAUGACAGCUGCGCCUAGUUAUGAUUUGUACCCAGGUCUUUCUCGUCGCCUUGUGAAUGGCCAUGUACAUCGACCUACACGGCCCAAGCGCCAACCAAAGAGACAAGCCCAUUUUUUAAAUAUCAAUAAUACGAUGCAUUUACGACGUAAUUAUAACGAACAGGAAGACCCCUUAUGGCAACCUCAACAACAGCAACAAGGGGAUAUGACUCCGCCUUGGGAUUUAUAUCCUGCAAUAUUACGUAGAGUAUGUGUAUAUGUGUUAUGAAUUCCUGCGUGUACUGAUUACGUUAUAGGUCGAGAACUUUGGUACAGAACAAAUGAGACAGAGACUUCAUACGAUGGAAUCAACCAUUACACUGGUGUAAUAUACUUUAUUA